GAGAGACCGACGUGGGAUUGAUAAAAGAAUACGGGCUCAUCGCGGAUUUAGAUGCACUGCGGAUUACUGAUAUGGUGAUGAUCAUACGCAUGCUGCAUAAAACAAGGAAAUGAAAGAAUAAUAACAUGAGAGAAGAGAAAUCGAGAGUGUCGCGGGAGGCAGGGCAGAACAGAAGAGAAGACAUAGCGCGCUAGCUUGGCAGGGAUGGGAUACGAGAAGAGCUUCGUGAACAGAAAAAUAGACAUGGGUGUAAAGACUACCAUUUAGCCCACAUUUGAGCGCUGGUAGCCUUGUUUUGCAAUACGACGCUACAUCCUCAACAGUGGUGGCCUUGGUUGGUUUCAUUGGCAAGCGAUGAAGGUUAACCACACACACAUCCCCCAGACACCCAAAUCUGAGGAAAUAGAUGCCUGUUGAGGAGCCAGCACUUCCAGCACUACAAGAGGGAACAAAGGGAUGGCGAUGAUCUCUCUGGCCUUGGAUCGCCUCAUUGGUCUGGACGCCUGAGGACAGACACCGCCGCUGGAUGACAUAGAGCUCUCUAUGCCCCAGCUGACGAGCUGCAAUCACUUCCAACGAGUAUUCUAACACAUAAUGGCCCGUCUUAUUUCCUUGGUUCUUGUUGAGAGACUUGCUCGGAAAGGCCACAGAACAUAACUGCUGGAUGUCACAUAAGGGUUGAAUGCUGCAAUCAUAUUUGAUCAAGGCAUGGCAAAUCUAGACAGGUGGACCAGAUUUUUUUGUGCACCUUUGGCACUGAAUGAACUUACUGAGCUGAAAAAGAAAAUCUACUGGUCCUCAGAAUUUUUUCAUCUUGUGUGCUUGGUUGAUUGCGAGACCCCUACCUCUGGUCAUUAAGGAAACUCUAAGGAGACUAUUGGUACAUUCUUUUGAAAAUCCAUAGUCGAUAAACCCGAGCUAGUUCUCCCGACAUUCAUCAUAAAUGCAUUCUAUUUCUAAUGCAGUCCAACGCUAAUGUUUUACAAACUCCAUCUGCGCGGAACUGCCUUGAGUUUGUGUUUUAGAACCCUGACUUGAUUUUCCGUUCUAUUGCACUUUCCCGAGGCGGGGGUCGGUACUUUGCCACCAAGUCCCCUGGUUACAAAGCUCAUAAGCUCAGCAUGGCAAAGCCGUUCUACCGCCUGCAGCGCUUCUUACGGCGGACUCAGCUGCUCUUCCUCUUCCUGGGCGUGGCCUAUAUCAUGGCGGGAAGCGUGCUGUUGCUGCAGCGGGCCGCACUCGUGGUCUCUCAUCGAGGACUAUCCUUGAGCUCCAGCUUCCUGCCUCUGCCAUCUCUACCAGCUCCGCCCAGGGCGUUAGUCGUCGGAGGUGGUGGUGGUGGGGCACCAAUCGUGCGAGCCGGUCCAAUAGGCGCCAGGCUGCCAGGGAGCGUCGGUCGGUACCAGGCCAGUCAGCAGCCGGAGGACCAGCGAGCCGGGCCGCAGUGGCUGCUGUCUCGGAACCAGGAGAUCCGGCAGCUGCGGCGGCGAUGGUUCCACAGCCUCAUGUCCGAGCAGGACAUGACCAGAGUAGACCCAGUCACAGCCCGGAGGAAGAUGCCACACAAAGGCACAUACAUCGGCUGCUUCCUAGACGAUGCCAAGGACCGGGCUUUGAAAGGAACCGUCUUUUAUGAUUUCCGCAGAAUGACUAGCAGCCUGUGUCAGGACACCUGCUCGGAAAGUGGGUACCAGUUCGCCGGCCUGGAGUAUGGCUCGGAGUGUUACUGUGGCAACCGCAUCUCUGGGCUGCGCAUGAGGGAGGAGGAGUGCAACCUGGACUGCAAGGGGGAGAAGGGCUCCAUCUGCGGCGGUGUGGCGCGCCUCUCCAUAUUCAAGGUGGAGGAACUACUUCCGGGUCAGAGGAGAUACAGGAAUGUUCGUUACCGCGGCUGUUUCAAAGCUCCAGAGAACAUGACAGCGGCGGCGUUUGUCCGCGCUGUGAAGCGCAACCUCACUAUCCAGGCGUGCAUAGAAGUCUGCAUGGAUCAGGAGUACCCACUCGCCAUCCUCCAAUCACCACACUGUUUCUGCGGUUACGCGACUCCUCCCUUCAGCCUUCAUGAUCCUGUGGGGGAGGAGCUCUGUGCCCCAGAUAAUACCUCGGUUCCCAUGGUGACAACCAAUCAGCUCCAUUGCCAGGUCUACCAAACUCCUGUGCAGGACUCCAGGUGCACGGAGAGGAAGUUCCUUCCAGAGAAGACCAGCACCCUGGUGGCGCUGUCCAGCUUCCCCGGCGCCGGCAACACCUGGGUGCGGCACCUGAUCGAGCUGGCCACCGGCUACUACACCGGCAGCUACUACUUUGACGGGACUCUUUACAACCGAGGCUUCAAGGGUGAGAAAGACUACUGGAAGAGUGGACGCACCAUCUGCGUGAAGACUCACGAGAGCGGCAAGCGGGACAUUGAAAUUUAUGACGCGGCCAUCCUGCUGAUCCGCAACCCUUACCGAUCACUCAUGGCUGAGUUCAACCGCAAGUGUGCCGGACACCUGGGCUACGCGUCAGACCAGCAUUGGAAAAGCAAAGAGUGGCCAGAGUUUGUGGGCAGCUACGCGUCGUGGUGGGCCUCCCACGUGCUGGACUGGCUCCGCUAUGGCCACCACGUGCUGGUGGUUCACUACGAGGAGAUCCAGGACUCGCUGGUCCCCCAGCUGCGCGCCAUUGCCAAAUUCCUCAACGCCACCGUCACCGAGGAGCGGCUGCUGUGCGCAGAGAGCAACAAGGACGGUCACUUCAAGCGCUCGGGGGCGCGCCGGCCGACCUUUGAGCCCUUCACGGCGGAAAUGCGGCGACUGAUCGACGGCUACAUCAGCGCCGUGGACCAGGCGCUCAGGGAAAGCAACCUGACGGGCCUUCCACAGGAGUACCUGCCCAGAUGAUCAUGGAAUAACAUUGGCACAUUCAUAUGGGCCUGACCAUUCACCUGUAACUGUAGGAGUCACUUCCAUGUGCAUAAUAUACCGUCCGUGGGACUUCCAAGGGACUUUAAAGGUGUCGGCAGGGCUGGACUGGGGGAGAAAUAGGGCCCGGGCACUUUUGGCUUAAAGGGGCCUCUCAUAAUUAGCGGCGCAGAACUGACUCACCGGUGGGCUCCACACCCCUGUGGGCCCCUAUUUCCAGAAAUGUGAAAAAAUAUCUAUAUUUUUUUACAUUUCUGAAAAUAGGGGCCCACGAGGGUGUGGGGCCCACCAGGAAAUACCCACAAUGCCAGAUGGCCAGUCUAGCCCUGCGUACCGGGGAUUCAUGGAGAUUGCCCAGAUCUUAUCUUGCAAGGACCUUGCAUGGAGCAGUCAAGGAACUACGUACAGUACCCAAAUCUGUGACUCCUACUGUAAAGCUGGCUUUUUUAAAGACCUUAUAAUUCACCCACAACCCAUCAUUACAGAAAGACAAAUUGAUUGGGUCAGUCCUGGUGGUGGGAGUACCAGUGUGUCACUUUCUACUUUCAAGUACAUUCUCCGGGCUUUUGAAAGGACCGGAUAGUGAAUAUCACACACAGGAAAAAGUGGUAAGAGAGAGAGAGAGAUAUGUGGAGGGUUGGAUUCGAACCUAGGUCCCAAUGAGCAGUGAUUCUAUACAGUAUAUGAACAGGUGUAUUACCGUGCUUCUCCACAGCAGCCCACCCACCCCACCCUUUCCCCCUCCUACGUACACUACUGGUCAAAAGUUUGGGGUCACCACACUUUCCCCCACAAUACUUUUUUUUUCAGACAAUUAAGCUUAUUCUAUUUCAAUUUCAGUUCUGGAUUAAAAUCCAUUUUGCUGUCAUUGUUCUCUGAAAUGAAUUUAUACAACAACUAAUCCGAUUUGACAGUAUAUUGGAAAAAUGAAUAAUAGCCAGUUGCAUCUCUACAUUGAUUUACCACCUGGGUGAGAUGCUGUCCACAAUCUCCUGUCACACUCCAAUGAGCUCCACGAGCCACAUGCAUGCAACUAUGGAUGUCUGAUUCUGGCCAUCCACAAGCUGCUACAGGUAGAUGUUAUACAUAUGAUUUGAA